GCCAGAAUGCAGCACCUGCUGCACUCUCUCGUGGUGUCCCUCCUCCUGGCAUCCGUGUGUGGGAAACUCGGCCCUCGGGGUCAGCUUGAUAGCGGAGGGGGAGACCCCGAGUCUGUGGACCCCCGGUGGGGGCAGCUGAAGAGUGGAAACCUGAGCAGACCCCUCCUGCCUGCCGACUUCCACAAGGAGAACACAGUCACCAACGAGUGGAUCGUGGACGGGGAAGAGGACGAGGACUACCUGGACCUGGAGAAGAUCUUCGGGGAGGAUGACGACUACAUCGACGUCGUGGACGCGGUCUCGCCCGUGGACCCUGGGACUGGCGCCGGCAGCGUGCUCCAGCUCUUCCCGGGCAAGAGCCGCAUCCAGCGGCUCAACCUCCUCAACGCCAAGUUCGCCUUAGACCUCUACAGGGCGCUGAAGGAGCGGGUCGGUGCCUCAGACAAUGUCUUCCUGGCGCCCGUAGGUGUGUCCACAGCCAUGGCCAUGCUCUCCCUAGGCCUGCGGGGGGACACCCACGAGCAGGUACACGCUGCCCUGCGCUUCACCGACUUCAUCAACGCCAGCACCACAUACGAGCUGGGCACCGUCCACAACCUGUUCCGGAAGCUGACCCACCGCCUCUUCCGGAGGAAUUUCGGGUACACGCUGCAGUCCGUCAGCGACCUGUACAUUCAGAAGCAAGUUCAAGUCCUGGACGACUUCAGAGCCAAGGUCCGACAGUACUACUUUGCCGAGGUCCGGGCGGCUGACUUCUCUGAUCCCGCCUUCAUCUCCCAAACCAACCAGCACAUCUCGCGGCUCACCAAGGGCCUCAUAAGAGACGUGCUGGAGGACAUGGACCCCGCGACUCAGAUGAUGCUCCUGAACUGCAUCUACUUUAAAGGGUCCUGGGUGAACAAAUUCCCAGCGGAAAUGACACACAACCACAACUUCCGGCUGAAUGAGCGAGAGGUGGUCAAAGUCCCCAUGAUGCAGACCAAGGGGUCCUUCCUGGCGGCAAGUGACCAGGAGCUGGACUGCGAUGUCCUGCGGCUGGAGUACAUGGGGGGCAUCAGCAUGCUGGUGGUGGUCCCGCACAAGCUGUCCGGGAUGAAGACCCUCGAGGCCCAGCUGAAGCCCCAAGUGGUGGAGAGAUGGCAGAAGAGCAUGACAAACAGGACACGGGAAGUACUCCUGCCCAAGUUCAAGCUAGAAAAGGACUACAACCUGGUGGAGGCCCUGCGGUCCCUGGGGGUCACAGCGCUGUUCGACAGGAAUAGCAAUAUGACGGGGAUCUCGGACCAGAGGAUUGUCAUCGACCUGUUCAAGCACCAAGGCACCAUCAUGGUGGACGAGGAGGGUACGCAGGCCGCGGCCGUGACCACUGUGGGGUUCAUGCCAUUGUCCACCCAGGUCCGCUUCAGCGUCGACCGGCCCUUCCUUUUCCUUGUGUAUGAGCACCGCACGGGCUGCCUGCUCUUCCUGGGCCGGGUCGCCAACCCCACCAGGUCUUAG